AUGGGAAACGGAACAGGGGUGACAGAGUUCAUCCUUGUGGGACUCACAGAUGACCCCCACCUGCAGGCUCUGCUCUUUCUCGUCCUCUUUCUCACCUACGCAGUGAGUCUUACCGGGAACCUGACCAUCGUCACUCUAACCCUGCUGGACUCUCACCUCCACACCCCCAUGUACUUCUUCCUGCGCAGUUUCUCCUUGCUGGAGAUCGCCUUCACGUCCACCUGCAUUCCCAGAUUCCUAGUCACCAUCGUCACCGGAGACAGAACUAUUUCCUUUUCCAGCUGCUUCACUCAGCUAUUCUUCACCAUCUUCCUGGCGGUGUCGGAGUUCUUCCUCCUGGCCGCCAUGUCCCAUGACCGCUAUGUUGCUAUCUGCCGGCCCCUGCACUAUACGAUCGUUAUGAGCCGGGGCGUAUGCUCCCUGCUGGUCCUCUGCUCUUUUCUCUCCAGUUAUCUGAUCGUGUUCCCACCCGUUGUGAUGGGCGCCCGGCUAGACUACUGCGACUCCAACAUCCUCAACCAUUUUUUCUGCGAUUCUUCCCCAUUGAUGGGGCUUUCCUGCACAGACACACGCUUCCUGGAGCUGAUGGCUUUCCUCUUGUCCUUGGGGACGCUACUUGUUACCUUGGUGCUAAUGACUGCCUCCUACACAGCCAUCAUCCGCACCAUCCUAAAACUGCGCUCAGCCCAGCAAAGGAGGAAGGCCUUUUCCACCUGCUCCUCCCACAUGGUCGUAGUUUCCAUCACAUAUGGCAGUUGCAUCUUCAUGUACAUCAAACCGUCCGCCAAGGACAGGGUGGAACUGACUAAGGGGGUGGCGGUGCUCACUACUUCUGUGGCCCCCAUGCUGAAUCCCUUCAUCUACACCCUGCGGAACAAGCAGGUCAAACAGGCCUUCAGGGCCCUGGUGAACCGGAUUGGGUUUUCCUCCAGGAAGUGA